UCUAUUGCCCUGAUCUUUUUAGUGUCGUUGUAUUUCAACAUGGCAGUAGGAAAAGAAAAAUGCUUGGAGAUUGUAAAAGCAAACUUGCUGGUAUUUUUUACCUUAUUCGGCGCUGCAGUAGGAUUUAUUAUAGGUGUGGUUGUUCGGAAUACAAACCCAACAGACAGCACUCUCAUGUGGGUUGGUAUCUUAGGAGAGAUUUUCCUAAACAUGCUGAAAAUGAUGAUAGUUCCUCUGAUAGUAGCCUCAGUAAUAACAGGAACAGCUACCCUAGACCCUAAAUCAAAUGGAAAAAUUAGCUUAGUUAGUUUGGGUUAUAUUAUGUUAACAAAUUUCCUUGGAUGCUUCGUUGGUAGUUUACUUUGCGUGAUCAUCCGACCAGGUGAAAUCGCUAAAACAGAAGUUAAAGCAUUUAACUCGGUUCCUUUAGAAACGGAGGACAUUUUCGCUGAUUUACUGAGAAAUAUAUUCCCCGACAAUUUGAUAUCUGCAACUUUUCGCAAGACACUAACGAGCUACGAUAUAGAGAAAUACAAAGCAAAUGAAACUAUAAAUGGGACAAUUGUAACAGUCAUAAAGACUAUGGUGACAGGAAAAAAUCUAUCCAGUGCUGAUAGCACAAAUAUUCUAGGUCUUUUGAUUGCCAGUGCCGUAUUUGGCAUUGCAACUGCGUCAACAAAAGAAAUUGGGCAACCUUUUUUCAAGUUCUUCUACUCAGCUACUGAAAUCAUCUUGGUGAUUUUAGGAAAAUUAGUUUGGUUUACACCAAUUGGUGUAGCGAGUCUGAUUGGUAAAACUAUUGGAGGAACAAAGAACUUGGAGGAUGAUUUUAAUAGACUUGGUUUAUACAUAGCAACACAAAUGAUUGGUUAUUUACUCUUCAUGAUAGUAGUAGUGCCAAUUACGUAUUUUAUAUUGAUGAAAAUGAAUCCGUUUAAGUUUCUUUUUACUGUGAUUCAUGCUUUUGUAAUAGUGUUUGCUACUUCUAUGACAGCUAUGUCUAUUCCUGAAAGUAUACGGCAAUUAGAAGGACCGAACAAAUUAGAUCGUAGAGUGACUCGAUUUGUCAUUCCAUUAAGUGCUGCUAUUGGACGUUGUGGAAGCUGUAUUUACAUAAGUAUAUCAUGUUUGUUUGUUAUGCAAAUCACUGACCAGGAAGUGGACGCUGCUUCGGUCAUUUUAGUCAUAGAUAGGACGAGGACAAUUACAAACUACAGCGUACAAGUGACGUGUGUAGUAUUUACACAAAGGCUAUGUUUAUCCUCAUUAAAGACUGAUUACAACGAUGAUGAAAUAUCACAGGCAUUAAAUGAAAAAGAAAAUGGAAUUCAAAUAGCUGAGAUGGUUGACGACGAAGAAUAUUUCAAAGAGGACACAUUUGAUGAAUGCCUUUGAAAUAGCCCAACUCACAUUUGUAAAUAGCAGUUCUACAUAAAUAUUGAACUGAAUAUAAGUCUUCAUAGGAUUUAGCACACCAAGGGUAUUUUGUAUUUCAGUGUAGUCAAUGUAUUUUGAAAAAGACAGAUAUUGCAUAUUUCUUUACACUAAAAGAUCAUUGCCUUAAAUCAUUAAACUCACUAAAUCUUCUG